AUGGCCCCAUUUUACAGGGGCUACCAGAAACAUUUCCAGCUAGAUCAAGAUGACAUGAACGCUAUACAGGAAUUAUACGAGUUUGUGAAACUGCCUCCCCCGCGACCGCCAACGAGAGAUCCCAGUCUGAACGUACCAAAGAUUUGUAUAGAUUCCAAAAUAGAUGCAAUUACCAUGAAUUCUGAUGGCUAUACUUAUAUUUUUAAAGAUACCCAAUACUAUAGACUGGACAGCUACGGGAUCGCUGACGGUUACCCUCGAGAGAUCGAGGAGGACUGGAAGGGUAUAACGGGUCCCAUUGAUAGUGCCUUACACUGGGACAACGGGUACACGUAUUUAUUUAAGGGAGACUACUACUGGAAAUUCUACAAUUUCAACCUCAUCUAUGUACGAAGUAUAGAAGAAGGAUUCAAAGGCAUUCCGGGAAAAAUUAAUGCAGCCUUUGUUUGGGGAGGAAAUGGAAAAACAUAUUUUAUAAAAGGGGACCUGUACUGGAGGUAUACUGUUAACCACGUAGAUCCCGGCUACCCCAAACCCAUGUCAGUGUGGGUCGGACUUCCUUCACAUAUAGACGCCGCGCUCAAGUGGAAAAACGGUCGGACGUAUUUCUUCAGCGGCAACCUGUACUACCGCUACAAUGAUGUUGAUUUUAAUGUAA